AUGGAUCCAACGGGCAUGCAGCUGGUGUCUGCGGGGCCGUACCGGGCAGGCACGGACUUCGAGAAAUGGCUGCGAGCGUUGGAGCGCUACAUGGUCGCUAUGGACAUCCAAGGGCCUACCAGACGGUGCGCCGUGCUGCUACACCUGGUGGGGCCUGACAUAGCCGAUGUCAGCGACUCCCUGCCGGAAGAGGAGGCAGAAGGACCGGAGGAAGACGAGUUCACCCGGCUAAAAAGGAAGUUGGUACGGUACCUGGUGCCAAGGAAUAACGUCGUGGCUGAACGAGGGAAAUUCCAAGGAAUGACAAUGGAGCCGGAGGAAAGCCUGGAGGACUUCCUGGCCAGGCUACGGACCCAAAUCCUGCGCUGCGGCUACGAGCCGGCGCAGGUGAACCGGGAGCUGCGAGACCGCUGCGUCCUGGGCAGCCGAGGCGAGCUGCAGCGGAAGCUGGUGAGGGAAGCGGCACUGAAGGGCGACGAACUCAACCUGGAGGAUGUCCGGCGGACGGCACGCGCCCACCGGGACGUCAUGGACCUGACGACUCGGUUGUCAGGGGCGCCGGUGCCGGCUGCGACGGACGGGGAGGCAGUCCAGGUGGUGAGACGCCAGCGGCGGGCGGAGACGGCCAGGCCGGCCGAGCGCCCGGGACCGGGCUCGUGCUUCGGCUGCGGAGGCCGGGGACACUGGCGGCGGGACUGUCCGACGUACAGGGCGGACUCGGCGCCGGAGAGGGCGCGCCCUCCGGCGGCAGGAGCGGUGCAGCAGCGCGGAGUGUCUCGCCCGCCCGGCCCGGCAGACGGCGGUCGGCGAGACAGCAGACGCGGCGGACCGCUCGAGAAGAGGAGGUGCCGGUUUCCACCUGGCGGUCGCUAA